AUGGCGAGAACAGGCAAUAAGAACAUACAAGCCAAGCUGGUACUUCUUGGGGACAUGGGAACUGGGAAGACAAGCUUGGUAUUGAGAUUUGUGACAGGAAAAUUUUUGGAGUACCAGGAAUCAACAAUUGGAGCGGCUUUCUUCACUCAGGUUCUGUCACUAAAUGAAGCUACCAUCAAAUUUGAUAUAUGGGACACCGCGGGUCAGGAACGGUACCAUAGCCUGGCUCCUAUGUACUACCGUGGUGCCGCUGCAGCUGUUGUGGUGUAUGAUAUCACAAGCAUGGAAUCAUUUGUGAGAGCCAAAAAGUGGGUUCAAGAAUUGCAAAGACAAGCAAAUCCAACUCUAAUAAUGUUCUUGGCCGGUAACAAGGCUGACUUGGAAGAGAAGAGAAAAGUUGGGUUUGAGGAAGGUGAGCAAUAUGCCAAGGAAAAUGGCUUGGUUUUUCUUGAAACAUCUGCCAAAACUGCACAGAAUGUCAAUGAGCUCUUUUAUGAAAUAGAUCACAGCAAAACAGCAGGAGAAUGUUUUGUUGCUCUUGAUGAUGCCGGUUCAUCUGUGUUCAAGGACAUCAUGGUUCAAGAAGAUGGAGAAACUAACUAA